UCACAUUAUUCUCCUGGUGGCACACCUUUUACAUAAAAACAGAUGUUCACAGCCCAUUAAGCUCAUUGGAAACCCACUUCAGCAUUUACCUGUUGGAUUAUCUCUUUGACUGCCUCUGCUGCAUCGAGAUCUUCUUCUCUGUGCUGAUAAUUUCUCGGUUAAGACACAAAUCUGUGUAAGAGCAAGAUGGAGAAGUUUAUCCUGGUCUGUGCGGCACUGAUGGCAGUGUUUGUUACAGGUGAGUCCCUGACCUGUAACACCUGCAGAGUGGGGCUCGCAGGUAAAUGUCUGUUCAGCUCCACAAUGACUUGCAGUGACUCUCAGCCCAACUGCUACUGGGGAAAACUAGCCUUCAACGUCAGUAGGCUGAUGAGCCUGGAGACUCAAGGCUGCCUGGCCUCUUCUCUCUGCAACCAAACUGAAUCCGGAGCCCUCCUCAUUGCCGGAUACACCGUCACCAGGACCUGCUGCAGCACCGACUGCUGUAAUGGAGCCACAUCCAUCCAACUGCCUCUCACUGCUGCUUUGGGCGCCGCCAUACUGGCCAUUUGGAGCACCAAAGGCAUUUAAAACAAGCAAGAAAAUGAUCAAAUUCAUGUUGUUCACUUAAUAAACCUUGAACACAUGCCUA